GGGGUGGGCGGGGGGCGUCCCGGCCGCGGCGCGACCAUGACUCUGGAGUCCAUGAUGGCCUGUUGCCUGAGCGACGAGGUGAAGGAGUCGAAGCGCAUCAACGCCGAGAUCGAGAAGCAGCUGCGGAGGGACAAGCGCGACGCCCGCCGUGAGCUGAAGCUGCUGCUGUUGGGCACUGGGGAGAGUGGCAAGAGCACGUUCAUUAAGCAGAUGCGUAUCAUUCAUGGCUCAGGCUACUCUGAAGAGGACAAAAAAGGCUUCACCAAGCUGGUGUACCAAAACAUCUUCACUGCCAUGCAGUCUAUGAUCAGGGCCAUGGAAACCCUGAAGAUUCUCUACAAGUAUGAACAGAACAAGGCCAAUGCAGUGCUGAUCCGAGAAGUGGAUGUAGAAAAGGUCAUGACAUUUGAGCAGCCAUAUGUAAGUGCAAUUAAAACAUUGUGGAAUGACCCUGGAAUACAAGAGUGUUAUGACAGGAGAAGAGAAUAUCAGCUCUCUGACUCAGCUAAAUACUAUCUCAGUGACGUGGAUCGGAUUGCUACCCCAGGAUAUCUACCAACUCAGCAAGAUGUGCUACGGGUUAGAGUUCCUACCACCGGGAUCAUAGAGUACCCCUUUGACCUAGAGAAUAUUAUCUUCAGAAUGGUGGACGUUGGAGGUCAAAGAUCAGAACGAAGGAAGUGGAUCCACUGCUUUGAAAAUGUGACUUCCAUCAUGUUUUUAGUAGCACUUAGUGAAUAUGACCAAGUUCUGGUGGAAUCUGAUAAUGAGAACCGGAUGGAAGAGAGCAAAGCUCUCUUUCGAACCAUUAUCACUUACCCAUGGUUCCAAAAUUCUUCUGUUAUCCUCUUCCUCAACAAGAAAGAUCUUUUGGAAGACAAGAUCCUCUACUCCCACCUUGUUGACUAUUUCCCAGAGUUUGAUGGCCCACAGAGGGAUGCCCAAGCAGCUCGUGAGUUCAUCCUGAAGAUGUUUGUGGAUUUAAAUCCUGACAGUGAUAAAAUCAUCUACUCUCACUUCACGUGUGCCACAGACACAGAAAACAUCCGUUUCGUCUUUGCAGCCGUCAAGGACACCAUCCUACAGCUCAACCUGAAGGAGUACAACCUGGUUUGACCUGGCUCUGCUCUUGUACCUCUUGAGAAAAAAAAAAAAAGAGAAAAAAAAGAGAAAAAAAAGAAAAAAAAAGAAAAGAGAAAAAAAAAGAGGUUUUCAUUGUGGGGGAAAAAAAAAGGAAGGGGGAAAAAAAAAGAAGGAAAAAAAAGGAAGGCAAAAAAAAGAAAGGAAAAGAAAAAAUAUAAAGAAGGAAAGAAAAAAAAGGAAGGAAAAAGAAACAUUUAAAAAGAAGGAAAAGAAGAAAAAAAAAGGAAGAAGAAAAGGAAGAGGGAAAAAGGAAGGAAAACUAAAAAGAAAAAAGAAGAAGAAAUAAGAAAAAAAGAAGGAAAAAAGGAAGGGAAAAAAGAAAAAAAAGGGAGGGGAAAAAAGGAAGAAAAAAAAAGGAAGAGGGAAAAAAAGAAAAAAAAGAAGGAAAAAAAAAGGAAAGAGAAAAAAAAAAGGCAGGAAAAAAAUAGAAGAAGAAAAAAAAGGAAGGAAAAAAAAGAAGGGAAAAAAAAAAGCCAAAAAAAAAACACCCCCAAACCCCACAACAACAACAACAAAAUUUAAAGCUGACAGGAAAAUUUGCAACAUUUUUCUUUUGUUUUGUUCGUUUUGUUUCUUUUCCUUUUCUCUUUUUAUGAUGUAAAUGAUUGCAAAUUGUCUGAUCUGUGGAGUGGCAAA